GUCGUUAAAUCUGUACAUACAUAAUUCCAAAUUGUAACAUUUUCGGCUAUCACAAUGGUGGAACAACAGAGGAAGCGCCUGGAGAUCGCUCUUAGCGACAUGAUUGAGGACAUGUACCGCACCCACUUGCGCCGUAUGCAGUCCAAAAUGCACCGGUGCGCUUCCCGUUGCUGCGACGACGAGCGCGGAACGCUGGAGAGUGUGCAGAACUGCAUUGAGAAAUGCGCAGGACCCUUGAUGGAUGCCCAGGACUAUCUACAGCAUGAGCUUGGUCAGUUUCAGAACCGUUUACAGAACUGUGUGAAGGAUUGUAAUAGCGAUGUUCGCUCGCGAUUGCCGAAUAAUCCCAAUGACAAGGACAUGUCCCGAUCGCAGCAUCUGUUCGAGCACUGCACGGGGAACUGUGUAGACAAGUACAUCAACCUGCUGCCGGGACUUCUCAAGUCGAUCCGUCAGACCCUGGACCGUGGUCCGCCGAAGAGAUCGAACUUGACUGCCCGGAGCCAAGAUGCUUAGCUUUCCCGACGAAACUGAUACGCCACUAAAGGAUUGUCAAUUAGUCACUUAUAUAUUGAACAUUUGGUAUAGCUUACACUAAAGAUAGGUACAUUAAGGAAACACUCUCAGGAAAAAGUGAAAGCUCCAAGUUCCAGCUUAGGAGAGAGCUCUGAUCUGCUCUUCUAGCCUCUCAAGUGAGCGCUUACGUGGCCUAGUUCAAAGCUUUCACUCGCUAUUAGGGCCCUCACACACUAAACAUCUAAUAAUAAAGAUUCUUAGCAAUAUACAACAA